AUGAACCUCGAUGCCAAAGGUUCUGAAGCUGUAGGCAGGUGUUCUCCUCAGCACCUCAUCGAGCACCAGCACGGCAGACCCACAACCGCCGCGGGAGGCCAGGCGUUUGGAGACCCGUUCGCGGCGGUGGCCCGCCGUCCCACACACGGGACGCAGCACGAGGCCUCUCCUCCUCCGAAAGAGCAAGAGCUUGAUUCGAAAGAUGCUAUCAUCCUGCAUCAGUUUUCAAGGCCUAACAAUGGUGUUCCAAGUUUAUCUCCAUUCUGUCUGAAAAUGGAAACUUACUUGAGGAUGGCCGAUUUACCCUACCAGAACUAUUUUGAUGGAAAACUUUCCCCUCAAGGGAAAAUGCCUUGGAUUGAAUACAAUCACAAGAAGGUGUCUGGCACUGAGUUCAUUAUUGACUUUUUGGAAGAGAAACUUGGAGUGAAUUUAAAUAAACACCUUGGUCCACAUGAAAGAGCUGUUUCCAGAGCUGUGACAAAAAUGGUGGAGGAGCACUUCUACUGGACUUUAGCUUAUUGCCAGUGGGUGGAAAAUCUUCAUGAGACGCAAAAGAUGGUUUCACUUUUUGGCCCCUUCAGUGACUUGCUGAAGUGGAUCCUCUGCCAUCUGACCAAAGGGAUUGUGAAGCGGGAAAUGUAUGGCCAUGGCAUUGGCCGCUUCUCAGAGGAGGAGAUGUACACGCUGAUGGAGAAGGACAUGCGGACUCUAGCAGGCCUCCUGGGUGACAAGAAGUACAUUAUGGGACCAAACGUUUCCACCGUUGAUGCCACUGUCUUCGGGCAUCUGGCACAGGCAAUGUGGACACUACCAGGGACUCGACCAGAGAGACUAAUCAAAGGUGAACUGAUUAACCUUGCUAUGUAUUGUGAAAGAAUAAGGAGGAAAUUUUGGCCAGAAUGGCACCAUGAUGAUGAUAACACUCUGUAUGAAUCUGAGGAAAGCAGCGAAGCAAGCAAGACUUACUCCCCUUUGCAGGACUUCAGUUUUUAUUCAAGGACAGAAACAUUUGAUGAGGAAGGGAACAGUAUUUCUCAAACCCCUGACACAGAUUACACUGGACACUCCCUCUUUGAUUCGGAUGUGGACAUGGAUGAGUACAGAGAUCAUGAACAAUGCAAGUGAUGCGUACAAGCAUCUCCCAUUUUGAAGACAAGCUGUUUCUUGGGAUUAGUCUGAUUUGUUUUCUCCUUCAGGUCAGGAAGAGGUUUAUACCACUUUGGAAGAGACUAUUGUGCUUUGACUCAGCUGUCACAUGUUACCUGGACUAUUUCAACCUUAUUUCAUUUUGUGUAACUGUUCAGGUGGAACCAAGGUAAACAGUUAUUUAAAACACACAUGGGCAAACUGGAGGUCCAGAGGGCAACAGGACUGUUCAAUCUAUGUUUUUGUUCAUGUUCAAAACCAG